GAAUGAAGGCAUACACACUCAUGGAACUGCUGCGAAAGCUAUGGUUCCUGGAUGGACAGUGGUCAAUAUGACAGGACUCUUAAAGAACUGCUUACUGUUUAUCUACUUGCAGCUCUGAGCAAGAAACCCAGAGCUACUGUUGGCAAUCAUGCAGAGUGAUGCAGAGCCACUGUUGCUUGGGCUACAAUUCCCAUCUCUUGAUGUGCAAGUAAUAGCAUAUAUUUCCUUGCAAGUGAUAUGGAGAUGAAAGGUGCCAAGAGGAGUUGAGCACUCACCACAGCUUCUUCACCCAAAAGAAGAGGACAUAUAAGGUGACAUAUCCCUUCGCUAUUUCUGCAUCCACAUGCCUUUUGGUCUGCCAGCCGAAACUCUGCUUUCCAUAAUUAGGCAUUACCAGAUGCCAUCAUAUAUGCCCACCUCACAUCAUUCUCAUCUCCCCUCCUCUAUCUUCCUCUCCUCGCACCGGAAGGAGAACUUGAGCCAUGAAGCCAUUCCCCCACAGAGAAGUGCUGAGGUUACAUCUAGCUCCUUGCUCGUAGCAUCAGAACUGUUCAACAGAAGGACAUGGAAGCAUAUGAUAGGCCUGUCGAAGUUCACCGACAGUUCUACUUGUGCAUGCAGCUGAAGGAGAGCUAAAGCCUUACUCGCCAUCUCUAUUAGGCCUAAACAUGAACGGUUCCGACACAGAAGCAUCGGUAGAAGUCUUUGAAGUCAGCAGUCAAGUGGCUUCUAACAUGUGGACCCAAGAGUCUUCUUCUUCUUCCCCCAGCAAGGAGGACGCACCCAUCUCCCUCGACCUCUCCCUCACCCUCAAUGCAGAUUCCACAGCGCCGGCGGUCGUCUCGCUGUCGAGCACAAGCGAAAGCAGCAGCGAAUCGCAAGCCUUUCCCCCGCCCGACUCCCGGAGAGUCUUCUCCUGCAACUACUGCCAACGCAAGUUCUUCAGCUCCCAAGCCCUGGGCGGCCAUCAGAACGCUCACAAGCGGGAACGAACGCUUGCGAAGCGGGCACUUAGAUUGGACGCAGCUCGACACAGUUAUCCUAGCAUUGCAUCUUUGCCCCUCCAUGGCUCUGCUCUCCAUUCACUAGCGAUUAAGGCGCAUUCAUCAGCGCAUCAGAGCAUGGUGGAGUGGAGGGGGAGCCAAGGCGGUAUGCUCUUUGGGAGAGGCUUGCUUGAGCCAAGGCAAGUGGUUGUGGAAGAUCAGGAUGUGGAUUUUCAUUGGCCUGGAAGCUUUGGGCCAAUGACAGAUUCAAGGUUUGAGCGAAUUGGGAGCUCAGAUUUGGUAGCAGUGGAUCACCAGCCAGUAGAGGAUCCUGAUCUUACUCUCAGGCUCUAAGUGUUCGACGCUGGCAUUUUUGCGUGACGGUGUUGUAGAACGAACACAUUGUUUUUCUUGAUGUCAUGCAGUGAGGAAUGUGAUGGUUUGUAAGCUUCUUGUUGCAUUAUCUUCUGCUUAGGAAUGUGAUGUAUUGCUUCUACAAAUCCAGUGAAGUUGCAUGUUUCUUUA